GCGCCCCAAUGCCUGGUUUGGGGUGGGACCUUCUUGGUGUUUCUGCUCUCUCAAUGUCCAUUCUGUGUGGGUUUUUUUCCUGCUCAGGACAAUCCUCUAACUGUCCCAGCCUCAGACUGGGAGGCUGGGCUCAGGGCUCCCUCCAGUGGUGUAUGCUUCAGCUUCAUGGAUAGAAUGUCUCUCCUACCCCCACCCUAGAUGAGGGGGCUAAGGGUCAGGGUGGGCAUUUGUUGAGCCCCUUUCUGACCUUUGUAGACCAGAGCUGAGCGAGGGGCUGGAUAAUGAGUCCCUUCUUCAUUGAAAGAAAGAAUUUUGGUAGAUACAAUAAGGCCCUGUCUGCUCUGACGUAGGGGUGGUGGCUGACUCAACUGUGCCCCGCCCCACCCCCACUAGGCCCUAACAAAUGUCAUCAGAAAAUGGGGUUAGUUUUCCUCUUAGUGCCCUGGGUGGCCUUCUUGCCUAUCAGUGAUGACUUCCCCUUCCUUCUUGCCUCAGCCAUUUUUGCCUCUUUUCCCGUCAUCUGACCCUACUUUGUUCUCUGCUAGCUCCCUCUCCCUGCUCCCCAGGUCUCUUUCACUCUGUGCGGGGUUUAAAAGGGAGGCAAUGGCCAAGGGUUCUGGUGGUGUUACAUAGCCAGUAGCCUCUGCCGAUUUGGGGAGGGUUCCAGAAACAAGGGGCCUUAAGUUUGGAAGAUACUUCUACGGGGUCCUUUGCUGGGUUGGGGUGAAGGUAGUAGGACUUGGACUCCACUAAGCAGAACAAGCUGGAGCUACGGUGGAGGCCCGAGGGAGGGGGCAGGAAUGGGAGGACUCUGUGUAGCCCAGCCCUUCUGCAGCAGCCCAGCCUACCCACCAGUCUGAGCUGCUGCUGCUGAGGCUGGUGGCCUGAAGUUUCUGGGAGAGAGGGAAAGGCAGCCGGCAGGGCGGUCUGGAGCCAAGGAGGACCAUGGGGUCAAGGGCUGAGCUGUGCACUCUCUUAGGUGGACUCUCAUUCCUCCUCCUGCUGCUGUCAGGCGAAGGUUCCAAGGGUGGAUCCCUCAAAGAGAGUCAGGGAGUCUGCUCCAAGCAGACGCUGGUGGUCCCACUGCGUUACAACGAGUCCUACAGCCAACCAGUGUAUAAGCCCUACCUUACUCUGUGUGCUGGAGGGCGCGUCUGCAGCAUGUACAGGACCACCUACCUAGUGGCGUGGCGGGAGGUGAGGCGGGAGGUGCGGCAGACUCAUGCCGUGUGCUGCCAGGGCUGGAAGAAGCGUCGUCCAGGGGCACUCACCUGUGAUGAAGCCAUCUGCGCUAAGCCCUGCCUGAACGGAGGCGUCUGCAUUCGGCCUGACCAGUGCGAGUGCACUCCUGGUUGGGGUGGGAGGCACUGUCACGUGGAUGUGGAUGAAUGUAGAACUCGCGUCACCCUCUGCUCGCACCGUUGUCUAAACACCGCAGGCAGCUUCCUCUGUGGCUGCCCGCAAGGCCUGGUGCUGGGCCCAGACAGGCGCACCUGCACCAGCGGGUCUCGGGAAUCUCCAACCAGUGCCAGCAUCUUUACUGUGGCCGUUCAGGAAGCGAAAUCAGAAAAGGUUGAGUGUGCCCUGGAGCAGAAGAUCCGUGAGCUGCGAGGGCGCCUGGAAAGGCUGGAGCUGGUGAGACUGGAUACCUGGGGCCGAACCCCGUUGGGCGGGGCAGUCCAUCCUCAACACCCUGAGGCAUCUCUUCCUUUGCAGUGGGCCAGGCGCCCUGGGGCCUGGGUCCAAGCGGUGCUGCCCACGCCUCCCCAAGACCUGCAGCCGGAACAGGUGGCAGAGCUGUGGGGCUGGGGUGACCGGAUAGAGUCUCUCAGUGACCAGGUGCUGCUGCUGGAGGAGAGGCUGGGUGCCUGUGAGUCCUCAUGCUCCACUCUGCUGGGAGCCCCAUACCCCAACAACUGCCUCCAGCUCUUCCCAAUUGUUUUUUCCUAAAACACUUCCCCAACACUCACUAUCCCCACACGGCCCCCAUAUAUCUGCAUUUCACCACCUUCUGACACUGUCCCCAACCUGGUGGUUUCACUUAUUGUUGGGUGAGAAUGUCAGUCUCCCCAGUACUCACACCUCCUCCGAGCUGGAGGCAGUCCACAGCCAACAUGUCUGCCUGUCUCGUCAUUAACCAGGCUCCUGUGAGGACAAUAGCCUGGACCCAGUCCUCAACGGGCACGGAUGAGGAUCUCUGCAGAACCCCUUGCUCCCUAAUGUAUACAGAAGCUGGACCCACUCUCAUCCUUCGGGAUUCACCAGCUAGGGGCAGUAGAUAAGGUAAUCUGCCUCUUAGGAGCAAG